AUGGCUGCUCCUCCCACCACAUCCGCCUCCUCCGGCUCACCCCCCGAAGAGCCCAUCCUCAUCCCCGACCAUCUCGACGGCGUCGCCUACCUGUACGGCCACCCCCUGCUGAACUCUCUCUCGCCGCCCCUUCACCAGACCGUCUACAAUGCCCUCGGUCUCAACUGGACGCAGAUCCCGCUGUCCAGCGUCUGCGGCACCUCCGCCACCUACCCGCCGCCCUACACGCGCUCGCCGCCCAUCGACAAGUUCCUGGCCUCCAUCCGCGCUAACCCCAAGUUCGUCGGCUCGUCCGUGACCAUGCCGUGGAAGGUCGCCAUUAUGCCGCACCUCGACGACCUGACCGAGGACGCCCGCCAGGCUGGCGCCUGCAACACCAUCUUCCGCGACCCCGCCGGCCGCUAUGUCGGCACCAAUACCGACUGCAUCGGCAUCCGCGAGGCCCUGCUGCAAAACUCCCCCAACCCGGCCGCCUUCCGCGGCCGCCCUGCCCUCAUCGUCGGCGGCGGCGGCACCGCCCGCACCGCCAUCUACGUCCUGCGCAAGUGGCUCGGCGCCAGCCGCAUCUACAUCGUCAACCGCGACCGCGCCGAGAACGCCCGAAGGAGGUCCGCGCCCGCGACGUCCUGCGGACUUUUCUUGGGGUGCGAGCCGGCGCGGCGGAGCCCCCAGGGCGUCAUUCUGGAAAUGUGCUACCACCCCGUGCCCUGGACGGAAAUCGCCGACAUGGCGUCCUCCGCCGGCUGGAAGGUCAUCCUGGGCUCCGAGGCCCUCAUCUGGCAGGGUCUGGAGCAGGCGCGGCUCUGGACCGGCCAGGACGUGGUCGCCGUGCCGGGCGUGGUCGACCGCGUCAAGGAGGUUGUCAACAACGCCAUUGCCGAGCGGUCCCAGACCAAGCCGAAGAUAUUUCAUGUCCUAUUCAACUCGUCUAUGCGUAAAUCAUGGUAUCUACUGAUCUAUGCCCCCGGCCGCGUAUACUCCAGCUGGCGCACCCGGCGCCAGACCUCGCGCACCGUACAACCUACUACCCAGCCGCACAUCCUCAAUGGGAGCCGUGUCUGGAUUCUCGGGUGGGUUGGCGGUCGUCACUAG